AUCACAUUUCGAGACACUGCACGUGUGCUAAAGUAAAGUGCACAAAUAAGUAGCCGGUGAUUUAAAAAGGUUAAUUAAGAAAAGUGCAGCGAACAUUCUUUGAAUGCUUAAAAAUCAGUAAAAAUAGUGGCUUACAAAUACCGAAAUGGAAAAUGAGUUAUUAAUUAUAGGAUGAGAGAAGCCAAGCGCUUUUGUGAUAAAGUGCUGCGAAUUUAGAAACGCGGUUCCAAUACUGUCGGGUUUCGCACUGAUACUGACCAUUCUUCAUUCGGGACGAACGGAUACCAACCGCAAUAAUGACUGAAAAGAUAACUAACGGGCACGUAGGAGUUAAUGUAACAAACUUGGUGCCGUCGGCAGAAGGUGGGCGGGGUCGAGGUCAAACGGGGACGUUCAAGGUGAAGGCGGGCCUUGCACAGAUGACCAAGGGCGGCAUUAUCAUGGACGUCACGACGGCGGCGGAGGCCCGCAUCGCCGAGGAGGCCGGGGCAUGCGCUGUGAUGGCAUUAGAGCGUGUUCCAGCUGAUAUCCGUCGUGACGGUGGUGUUGCGAGAAUGUCAGAUCCCCAGAUGAUUAAGGAGAUUAUGUCUGCGGUGACGAUCCCGGUGUUUGCGAAGGCGCGGGUCGGCCACUUCGCGGAGGCCCAGAUUCUCGAGGCCCUUGGGGUCGACAUGGUGGACGAGUCGGAGGUUUUGACGCCGUCUGACGAGGACAACCACAUUAACAAGCACGCAUUCACGGUGCCGUUCGUGUGCGGAGCGCGAGAUCUCGGGGAGGCGCUACGCAGGAUCGCAGAGGGGGCCGCCAUGAUCAGAACGAAAGGUCUGGCUGGAACAGGUGAUGUAGCAGAAGCUGUCCGUCACCAGCGGAUGAUUAAUAAGCAGAUCAAGGUUGCACAGGCGCUUGACGCAGACGAGUUGUAUAGCUAUGCCAAGGAGCUUCGAGUUCCCAUCGAUCUCCUGCAAAAAACCGCUGAGCUAGGUCGGCUGCCUGUGGUCAACUUUGCCGCCGGAGGCAUUGCCACACCGGCGGACGUGUCGUUGAUGAUGCAGCUCGGUGUUGACGGUGUGUUUGUCGGCUCCGGCAUCUUCAAGAGCUCCAACCCGGCCCCGCGGGCCGUCGCCAUGGCCCAGGCCGUCACCCACUACAAGGACGCCAAAAUUCUCGGAGAGCUCAGUACCAACCUUGGAGAUGCGAUGAUCGGCGAGCCGCGCAAUGAGGCCAUCAAAAAGUAUGUCAACAACUACACGAAGGGAAAGACGGACAUGAGCAAGAUCUGGAACGCCACACUGGGGACCCCAGCCGUGUUGGACAAUGCUUAGCAUUAUUUUAAGACCGAGUAAAAUGUGAUAAUAAGUUGAUUUUGCUCAAAGUGCAAGUAUAAGUUACUGUUAAGGAAGGGCAGACAAUUGGUUCUUUCAUUUUGACAGCGCUGACAAGCAGUGGAAACGAUUUUACUAUUUAUGUUACUUGUACAAUUGGACUGAAAGAAUCUCUGUUUACUUAUUUUGCUGUACAAGCAAAACUUAUUUUAAUAACAUGUUGAUUUACUGACGUAUUCAGAAUGUCUUCUUAGUUUCAAUUGUAACAAGAUAUGUAUGUCAAUCAUUAUGCCCCAUAAGCGGCGCAUGGUCAGUAAUAUGUGGAAGAUUGAAUAAAGGUGUU